AUGGAGAAAACGGCCGACUUCCAUCUCACCUCUGGUUCCGACUCUCCAGAUAACCUUCCAAUUGACUACAAUGAGGUCAACAAGAUUGAGGCCCGACGGGGUUCCAAGGUCAACGAAGCCACCGAUGUCUUUGGCGACAUCGCCACCGCCGAGGAAUAUGGCUAUGUCUCACGCGGACUGAAAUCUCGUCACAUCCAGUUCAUUGCUCUUGGUGGCACUAUCGGCACUGGUCUGUUCUUGGGAAUUGGCCGUGCUUUCCUCCAAGCCGGUCCGCUGUCGGUCCUCCUGGGCUAUACCUUCACUGGUCUGGCUGUCUUCGCCAUGAUGAUGUCUCUGGGUGAGAUGGCCACAUGGCUUCCGCUUCCUGGUGCCAUUCCACAAUUCUGCGCUCGUUAUGUCGAUGAUGCCAUGGGGUUUGCUGUUGGCUGGAACAAUUGGUACUCUUGCGCCAUCACACUUUGCGCCGAAAUCUCAGCAGCAUCGAGCGUCAUCCAGUUCUGGCCUGGCGCUCGAGAUGUCAACGUGGCAGCCUGGAUCUCCAUCGUCAUAGUUCUGGUCCUUGCCCUCAAUAUUUUCGCCGUCGCCAUUUACGGUGAAGCCGAGUUCAUUUUCGCUUCCAUCAAGAUCGUCACCAUCAUUGGCCUGCUCAUCCUCGCCCUCAUCAUUGAUGUUGGUGGAGUUCCAGGGCAGCAACGUCUCGGGUUCCAAUACUGGAAUAACCCUGGGGCGAUGAAAGCGUACAUCGCCUCCGGUAGCACUGGUCGUUUCCUUGGUCUUUGGUCCACUCUCGUCAACGCCGCCUUCUCAUAUGGUGGUGUCGAAAUGGUGGCCGUUGCUGCUGGUGAGGCUGAGGAUCCGCGCCGAAAUAUCCCCAAGGCUGUCCGCCGAGUAUUCUGGCGUAUCUUGUUCUUCUACGUCUUGGGCUCAUUGGCGAUCGGCGUAUUGGUCCCGUACAAUGAUCCCAAUCUCUUGAACGCUCGUGAAAAUGGCGCGCCCGGUGCUGCUCAAUCUCCAUGGGUCAUUGCCAUCAAUCGGGCCGGAAUCGAUGCUCUUCCAUCCAUCAUCAACGCUGUCAUCUUGACCUCCGCCUCCUCGUCGGCCAAUGCUUUCUUGUACACGGGGUCCCGAUACCUGUAUGGGAUUGCGCAAAUCCGCCAGGCGCCCCGAUUCCUGCUCAAGUGUACCAAGACUGGUGUCCCUGUGUGGUGUGUGCUGAUCACCUGGUCCAUCUCUCUCCUGACGUACAUGUCUUGCUCUUCCGGGUCGAAUACCGUCUUCACCUGGUUCCAGAACUUGACCACAAUCUCCACGCUCUUCACCUGGGUCAGCAUCUGCAUCGCGUACAUUCGCUUUUACCACGCGUGCCACGCGCAGGGCAUCGACCGCAACCAGUUGCCGUUCAAGUCUCCGUGGCAACCUUACCUCGGCUACAUCUCGGCCAUCUUCUUUGGGCUGAUCAUCUUUUUCAAUGGGUUCGAUUCGAUUGCAGGAACGUGGGACUACCAGGCCUUCAUCACCGAUUACAUCGGAGUGCCCAUCUAUUUCGGGCUCUACCUUUUCUGGAGGAUCUUCAAGCGCACUCACUUCCGCAAUGCGGCCGAAGCCGAUCUGUACACGGGUAAAGCUGCGUUGGACGCCAUAGUGUGGCCGGAGCGUAAGCCGAGAAACAUUGUUGAGAGGAUCUGGUUCUGGAUCGCAUGA